AUGUCCACAAUUUGUAAGGAACCACCGACUAUUGGGCCAGGACAACCAUGGUUCAUACGGAUUCGUGGAUGGGUUUUUGCCAUAUUCCUCUUCUUAUCAUCUUUCUUAGGCGCUGUUUAUAUAAUCACGCCCAUGAUUCCUCUGCUCUUCUGGAACCCUGUGCUAUGGAGGAAGUUCAUGGAUCGCCUUGUUGGCAUUUGGUGUAUCAUGCCUGGAGCUCUUCUAACGUAUAUAUUUGGAGCAAACAUUUCUAUUGGAGGAGAUAUGAUUGAGCAUCAUGAGCCUGGUCUUAUUAUCAUGAACCAUCGCACAAGAUUGGACUGGCUAUACUUCUGGAGGGCUCUAUAUAGAAUGAACCCUUGGCUUUGUGUUUCUGAGAAAAUUGCACUGAAAGGCAUCUUGAAAUACGUCCCUGGAGCAGGCUGGGCUAUGGGCGCUAACUCUUACAUUUUCCUCGAUCGAUCCUACGAAUCUGAUGCUGCUCGUCUAGAUACCAUGCUCGAUUACUAUGCCAACUGUGGGCUCAACUACCAACUUCUACUUUUCCCCGAAGGAACAGAUAAGUGUCCCAAAGCUACUGAGCGUAGUCGAAUUUACGCUGAGAAGAAAGGAAUUCCUCACUAUAGCUACGUCUUGCAUCCAAGAACGACUGGCUUUGUUCAUAUCGUACAGAGGAUGAGAAAAGAUAACAAUAUAAAAUAUUUGUACGAUGUUACCAUAGGAUUCGGCGAUUGUAUUGUACAACGGGAUGUUGACAUUGUCGCCUACGGAGUUUGUUCCCGGGAAGUUCAUUACCAAGUUGUAAAAUACAACAUCAACGACUUACCCAAGAGUGAUGACGGUUUAGCUACUUGGCUUAUCAAUUUGUGGAAAGAGAAAGAAAUAAAGCUGGAUGAGUUCUACUCGAAGACAGGAAUCGAAAGAAAGUUCGAUUGCGGAACUAAAACCUAUAAAGAUACUCCUGAAGCUACGCAGGUCGAGAUAAUGAUUCUUGGCUUCUGGCUUUUUACAACAGCCUUCUGGCUUCUGGCUCUCUUCCAAGUUCAAUUCAUGCUCUACUUUUGUGUAUUAACCUGCAUAAUGUAUGGGCUCAUUCAAUACUUUUAUGGAGGAAUUGAAUGGCUGACAAUCCAGAAGUUCAACGAGCAUAAGAUAGCUUCGACAGUCCCUGUUCCUUUGUCUCCCGUUAAUGGGAGAAUGCUGCCAACAGCAUCAUCAGACUCUGAAUGA